AUGGCAACAGGAGAUGAAUCACAAUUAUGUUCAAUCUGUAAUAAACCUUCAGCUAAAUUCUUUUGUACCGGAUGUAAAAGACACUUUUGUCGAAAGGAUUUCAAAGAACAUGAACAACAAUUAUCAAUAAAAUUUGACAAUGAAAUAGUUAGAUCUCAUGAUGAACUUCUUGAUCAAAUACAAAAAUUAGAAAAAUCAAAUUAUUUAUCAUUGGAUCUUUUUGAUCAAAUUGAACAAUGGAAAACUACAACAAUCAAUAAAGUAAAAAAAGCAGCAGAAAAAGCUCAAAAUGAACUUAUCGAAUUAAUCGAGAAAGAAAGAAUAAUAAUAAUAAAACAAGUUGAACCAAUAACAAAAGAAAUUCGUUGUCUUCGAGAAGAAGAAAAUUUUGUUGAAUAUGAUAUUGAUCGACUUAGACAGAAAAUCAAUGAAAUACAGCAAAAACUUCAACAAUUUAUUCGAAAAGAUACAAAUAAAAUAAUCAUUAUUGAUAAUGAUCAAAUUGAUUGGAAUCGUCUUAUCUACAUUCAAGAACAAGAACAAAACUUACCAUUUCUACGCAAUGCAAAUCUGAAUGCUAAUGCAAAGUGGAUACAGAAUGGGGUCACUGUUGCUGGAGGAAAUGGAUAUGGUAGUAAAAUGAAUCAACUCAACUAUCCAUGGGGUUUGUGUAUUGAUGAGGAUCAAACUGUCUACACUGCUGAUUGUGUAAAUCAUCGAAUUCUGGAAUGGAAAUGUGGUGCAGUGGCUGGUCGAGUUGUGGCAGGUGGAAAUGGAGGUGGAAACCGUCCUGAUCAAUUGAACUAUCCCAGAGAUGUGAUUAUUGAUAAAGAACGAGAUAGUCUCAUCAUUUGUGAUUCUAACAAUAAGAGAAUAGUUCGAUGGCCUCGUCAAAAUGGUACAAAUGGAGAAACGAUCAUCUCAAAUAUUGGUUGUUGGGGUUUAGCAAUGGAAAAUGAUGGGUUUCUAUAUGUUGUUGAUCCCGAUAAACAUGAAGUUAGACAAUAUCAAACAGGAGAAAGUGAAGGAAAAGUGGUUGCAGGUGGAAAUGGACCAGGAAAUCGUCUCGAUCAGUUAUCUAAUCCGACAUACGUAUUUGUCGACCGAGAUCAUUCAGUGUAUGUAUCAGAUCUCAAUAAUCAUCGUGUGAUGAAGUGGAUGAAAGGUGCCAAACAAGGCAUUGUUGUAGCUGCUGGUCAAGGUGCAGAAAACAGUCUUACACAAUUAUCAAAUCCUUAUGGAGUCGCCGUAGAUCAAUCAGGUACUAUCUAUAUAGCUGACAAUUGCAAUCAUCGAAUAAUGCGGUGGUCUCAAGGAGAUCCACAAGAAAGUAUCAUUGUUGGUGGAAAUGGUAAAGGAAGUCAAUCAAAUCAACUGGGUAACCCGAUCGAACAUGAACAACAAUUAUCAAUAAAAUUUGACAAUGAAAUAGUUAGAUCACAUGAUGAACUUCUUGAUCAAAUACAAAAAGUAGAAAAAUCAAAUUAUUUAUCACGCGAUCUCUUUGAUCAAAUUGAACAAUGGAAAAAAACAACAAUCAAUAAAGUGAAAAAAGCAGCCGAAAAAGCUCAUCAUGAACUUAUCGAAUUAAUCGAUAAACAAAGAAUAACAAUAACAAAACAACUUCAACUGAUUACAGAAGAAAUUUGUUGUUGUCGAGAAGAAAAUUUUGUUGAAAAUGAUAUUGAUCGACUUAGACAAAAGAUUAAUGAGCUACAACAAAAACUACAACAAUUUACUGAAAAAGAUAAAACUAAAAGCGUUAUUGUUGAUAAUGAUCAAAUUGAUUGGAAUCAACUGAUUUACAUUCGAGAACAACAACAAAACUGUGAGUACAUUUUAACUACAAUCGUAGAAGAAAAGAAAUUCUCAAGUAGAUCAUAAAACAUUUUUCGUCAUUCAAUCCUACUUUUUUCUUUUCAUUAAUCAAUCUAAAUUAAUUCAUUCAUAGAUUAUAGUUACUUCGAGAAACACACAAUCUUCAAUAAGAUUGAACAAAAUAUUAUUUGGAACUUAUCAUUUUGACACACUUAAUCAGAUUUUCAUCGAAAAUAAAAACAUAUUUUACUUUCUGAAAUUUUAUUGCCAAUUUCAAUAGAAACUAUUUCUACAAAAUGAUAUUGAAUAAUUAUUUUGAUUCCAUUUUAAGAAAAAGUCUCGCUAAUUGAACUAUUGAGAUUACAAGACUUCUCCAAUGGAUAUCAAAGUUCAUAUUUAUUCUCUACUAAUGAUUGACUAGAAAAAUGAUCUAAAAUUGAUUUUCAUAUCGCAUAAACAAGAACAGGUUUUCAUAAAUUAAAUACUUAGAUAAAAUCACACUUUUCUAAAUAACUUGAUUAUUGACAUCUCAUCCGAUCGUCGAAUUUUUCACGCCAAAACAAUUUUACUCUGAUAUUUUGAUAAGAUGAAACUUUGACCGCAAAUGCUUUUCUUCUGCAGUCUUCAUUUUUGAGGAGAAAUUAAACGAAAUAAAAGCAAAUGAUCGACAAAAAAUUUCUCAUUGAUAUUUGAUACUUCAUUUCCCAGUUUCUUUCUGCGAGAUAUAAGUUCAAUUACUUCUGUUUCAAAGAGUUUACACCAGUAAAUAUCAUUUUCGAGAGACUGUUCUUCCGUUCCACCAGCGUUACCUGUUUCUUUUGUUUUAACCGUAAAGUACAAUUAUCUGAUUAAACAAUAGAUGAAGUUUUCGGUAGCUAAUGAAUAUUUCCUAAGCUGAUCAUAAUUUCUCUUCAUGGAUUGAGAAAUACCUCGUUUGAGAUACACGAAUGUUGUGUCUUUGACGAUGAAUCAUCGAUAUACUUGAUUUUGGGAAUGAAGAUGGACCUAAUGUGUUAAGUUUCAAUGAAAUACAAAUAACAGACAGUUACGCAUUUCAAGAGAGUUCUAUAAUUAUCGAAUUGUUGCAUGACUCUUGAAUUUCUGAUUGGAACACCAUGCAUAAAUACAAACGAUUGUUCCGUAAUGUACACUCGUUAGGGGUAAUUCGGAUCAAAAAUUAGAAAAUCGAUUUUGUUUUUAUUCGCUCUCAAUCAUUGUACGUCGUAACAAGGUGAUUUUUGGAGUGCUACUAGAACAAACUGUUUUCUUUCUAAUGCUGAAAGAAUUUUUUAAAAACCUUGUACUGGAAAAAAGUUAUAGUUAAAAUGGCAAAAGACUACAAGUGCUGAUCCGAAUUACCCCAUUUGGGGUAAUUCGGAUCAGUAAGCCAAUCUACUUGGGGUAAUUCGGAUCACUCCAGCAAAAAUGUAUAGAACAAAUUUUCCCAUCUCAUAACUCAUUUUUUAUCCAUUAGUAUAUGGAAAAAAAUGAUAUCGUUGGAUAGCCCAAGGUGUCUUCUAUGGGACCUGAAAAUAUUUCAAUGAAUGAACGAACUGU